CCUGAACCCUGCGGUGAAUGAACGACUAAAAAUGUCCCUCGAUCAGCCUCGCGCCAUGUGGCACUGAUAAACUUCUCCGGCUGUUUCAUUUCGCUAACGACCAAUAUGCGAGCAGUGCUAAGCGCCGGUCAGGACCAGCGUCGGGGGCUCCGGGGCGGCGGGCGACGGGCGGCUAGGGCUGAGCGGGGAUAUAAGCCCUACAACAACCUCACCAGUCCGAAAACUGUCGACUACAAAUAAAUGAAUGGGUGCAUACAGGCAGAUAGAUAGCAUCACCAAUGCCAUCGUCCAACCCCACCCGCCCAGUCCCCUGGACAGAGCACCUCAUCUUCCUCCUCCUGCUACUCCCGACGACGCUGAGCAUCAUCCUCCUCCUCUCCGACAGCCUCCACUGGACGAUCGCGGACGGAUCCAUCUACGGCCUGAUCAACAGCUACCGCACCUCGGUGCAAACCGGCGUCCAAGCGCUCGCCACACUGCUCAGCACCGUGCAACUUCUCAUCAUCUGCCGGCUCAUCAACCAAGCGACGCGCAUCCGGUUCGCCCACCGCCACCAGACCCAAACAACACAACUCACCACCCUCAGCUUCUGGGCCUCGCUCUCCACCCCAGCCGCGAACUGGACCCUGCCCCCGCUCCUCCUCUGCGUGACCUUCCUGCUCGCCAACCUCUCCGCCGUGCUCUCCGCCCUCUGGACGGGAGCCCUCACCCCGACCACCACCACCACCACCCACCUCUACCCCCUGCAGAUCCCUUCCUACAGCAAUACAAGCUUCAUAAUCGAGUACCCGUCGCAAAUCGACCGCACCGGCCCCACCGCCCGCACCGCCGAGGGCUACUUCACCUACUCCGUGGGGCUUGCGCAACUGACCGCCCUGAUCUCCUCGGCCAGCACGGCCUCCCCGCUCCUGGCCAACGCCAGCCGCGUGCACCCCAAGCUCGACAACACGGGGUACAGCUACACGGGGCGAUCGUACGGCGUGGGCGCCGCGGUGGGGCUCACCGAUUCCGGACUGCGGACGACUUACCCGCACGCCACGGGCUACACCUACCUCGAGCCGGGGUACGUCGCCACCGUCGAGUGCACCUACAACCGGUCCACGGCGUUCCGGCUGGAGGAGCUGGGCGAGUACGCGCUGUAUGCGGCCCGCGGCCCGUUGCCGGAUAGUGUCAACGCCAGCGUGCGGAGCGGUGGGGAGUAUUCCGUGUAUACCGGGUAUAGCACAAGGACGAUCGUGGCGGUGGGCGUGGCGGCGCAGCCGGUCGCGUACACGAGAAAACGGUAUGUGGCUGUCGCGGCUGGCGGGUAUUAUGUCGGGUUGAACGCGAGUCAGUGUGUGGUGGUGUUUGAGCCGGAGUGGUUUGAGGUGGUGGUUGGGGUUGCGGGGAAGGAGAUUCGGGUUGGGCGGGCGGCCGCGGGGACUGGGGAUGAUUCUGCUACUGCUACUGCUACUGCUACUGCUACUGCUACUGCAGCUGUAGGACUAGCCAAGCGCGAUGAUGAUGAUGAUGCAGGGAACGCAGCGCAAGGCAACUCGACAGCCGACAUCGACCCCACCAACAAGACCAUCCACGUCGCCAUGCGCCAGCUGGAACUCAUCUCCAACGAUCUGACGAGCUUCUACCGCUCCACCCUCGGCGACGCCUUCAACACCAGUAUCGCCGAUUAUCGCACGUCCGUGACUACCACCACCACCACCACCACCACCACCAAUACCACCACUACCAAUACCACAACCAGUACACCCAGUACAGCCAACCAAACCAUAUCCGAAGACGCCAUCGCCCUCGCCGGCAUCACGAACGUGUACAUCUCGCUCAUCGACGACAUCCUGGCCGGCUACGCGUCGGCGCAGCUGAUGGUGGGCGGGUUCACGCGCCUGACGCCGGCGACGGUGACGGUCGAGGCGUUCCGCGUCGGGUCGCACCCGUACAUCAUCUGUGUGUUCGUGACCUCGCUGGCGCUGCUGCUGGUCGUGGCGGCGGAGAUGGGGCGCACGCGGCUGUGGCGGGGUCUACCGCGGUGGGAUUACAUGGAGAUGAAGAUGGUGGUGGCGGCCGCGUCGAACGGGGGCCGCGGGAUCGCGGAGCGCGCGGCGGAGAAAGGGUGGGGCGCGGACGAGGUGGGCAGGAUUCCCGUGCGGUUGGUGGGCGGGGAGCAGGUCGCGGGCGGAUGGCGGUUGGUGGUGGAGGAUGGGGUGGAUAAGGAGAUGUUGCUUUUAGAAAGGGAUGGGGAUGGGGAGGGGGAGGGCCGAUGGGUUUAGUUGAUAUUGGUUUGCAGAAAUAGGGCAAUAUGUGGUUGUGAUUGUUAACUUAUUUGAUGUG